UCUAUCUAUCUAUCUAUCUAUCUAUCUAUCUAUAUCUAUCUAUGAUUUGUACCCAUUGGAUGAGGAAAUAUUCAAAGAAAAAGCUCAGCACUGCGUUGUCUGCGCCAGCAGAGGCUGCGUCCCAGCUGACAGCCAGCUGGUGGCUUCUGACAGUUGAGGAAAGUUUUGUUUCUUCAGGGCACUGAUAUGGUAAUUAGCUCUCGAAGUGUGCGACCCUAUUGGCUCUUGGUCCUAGUCAAUUUUCCAUUUCCAGCCUGACGUCAGGCGGCUUCAGCGCUCUUAAACUCAUCUGCUCUGUGAUCCCUCAAAAAACUGGUCCCAGCAGCUCGCAGCCUGUGCAGCGGCGCGCGGUUUGCACUCCAGUCCCCGAACCUCGAAGCGCGCCCCUCUCCGCUUGCGUAAUGUAUUCCCGAAGAAGCCGUAAAGCGCUAAAUGUUUGAAAUCCAAACCCGCCGUGUUUCACAUGCUGUAAAAGGACUCCGCUGCUCGCGUGCGCAGCACUGCUGUGUCUGUGCGAUAGACUCUGCAAAGAAAAACUCUCUAGCGUCUGCAAGUCCGUGGCUGCAGGAGCGACGCUGAAAAGCUCGAGGGCUUUUUUUUUUUUUUUUUUUUGUAGUUGUUUUUUAUUUUUUUAUUUUCACUUUUGAGACAAGACGCUCAAAAAUCAAACUGGCUCACGUUCUUCCCAAUCAGCCCAGUUUGACAGCUGCUCUUCACCCCAUUUGGAGGACUGUCGGCAGCAAGAGGAUGGCAUCAGAGCUGGCAAUGAGCAACUCCGACCUGCCCACCAGUCCCCUGGCCAUGGAAUAUGUUAAUGACUUCGAUCUGAUGAAGUUUGAAGUGAAAAAGGAGCCGGUGGAGCCCGAUCGCAACAUCAGCCAGUGCAGUCGCCUUAUCGCCGGGGGAUCCUUAUCUUCCACCCCGAUGAGCACGCCUUGCAGCUCGGUGCCCCCUUCUCCAAGCUUCUCGGCGCCCAGUCCGGGCUCUGGGAGCGAGCAGAAGACACACAUUGAGGAUUUCUACUGGAUGUCCGGUUACCAACAGCAGCUGAAUCCAGAGGCGCUGGGCUUCAGCCCCGAAGACGCAGUCGAGGCGCUGAUCAGCAGCAGUCACCAGCUCCAGUCCUUCGAUGGCUACGCCCGGGGCCAGCAGUUUGCAGGCGCGGCCGGAGCAGGGGGCACCAUGGCCGGCGAGGAGAUGGGCUCCGCCGCGGCGGUGGUGUCAGCAGUCAUCGCUGCAGCAGCCGCUCAGAACGGAGCGCAGCACCACCACCACCAUCAUCACCACCACAGCAGCCACCACCAAGCGCCCAGCGCCCAGUCCAACGGCACCUCAGGGACAAAUCACCCACACAUGCGCCUGGAUGAGCGGUUUUCAGACGAGCAGCUGGUGACCAUGUCCGUGCGGGAGCUCAACCGACAACUACGAGGGGUCAGCAAGGAAGAAGUGAUCAGACUGAAACAGAAGAGGAGGACCCUAAAGAACAGAGGCUACGCUCAGUCCUGCCGGUUCAAGCGCGUCCAGCAGCGGCACGUCCUGGAGGGCGAGAAGACGCAACUCCUGCAGCAGGUCGAGCACCUAAAGCAGGAGAUCUCCAGGCUGGUCCGGGAGAGGGACGCAUACAAAGAAAAGUACGAGAAGCUCAUCAGCAACGGCUUCAGAGAAAAUGGAUCCAGCAGUGACAACAACCCUUCAUCUCCAGAGUUUUUCAUGUCCUCAAGAAAAUUUCUCCACCUGUGAUUUCCCUGAAACUCUGAGCCUUUGGAUCCCUGAGAUAAACCAACUGCAGAGAAGCCAUGGCAUCGGAGAGGCUGACAAGUCGCACUAAGGCCUCAACAAAGCACAACAUUUGAGAAGAAGGACAACUCACAAGACCUGCUAUAGAAUCCCUCAUAAACCCCACAACAAAAUUCCUGAAAGCCUCUUAUUACUUCGGUUUCACAUCUUGGUAUUUUACCUCUGGCUUUUUUUCUACAAAACUCAAAAAAAGAAGAAAAAAAAUUAAGAGACUCAUUAUAACAUCAUUGACAAUGCCUGAUAAUUACAGAGAAGACUAUUUUCUCUUUGGUGGAGGAUCCAUUAUGCAUGCGUCUGUAUAUAGAUCAUAAUUAAAUCCUAUUCUUAUUUCUAAUAUAGGAAACAUACAAAGUCACUGUCACCAAAUUUAUUAUUGUAGUCACGGUUUGAUAUUCAAAAUCAUUAUCCUUCUUUAUCAGAGACAUUAUCAUUUCAAACAUAAUUUAUUUAGUCUUUGAAGUUAUUUGAACUGUUAAAAAUAACUAUGUUUUAUUGUUCUUAUUCUCACUAAGUAACAGCCUAGUUUUCCUCUCCAGUAUCCUCACUAGUACAUGUAAAUAGAACUGAAUUAGGAAAACAGCAUGGACCAGACCUAAGGGUAUAUUUAACUUGAUAGACCACAAAUCUCAGUACAUAGAUAUCUCAGAAAAUCUUCUUAAAGUUUAGAAAACUAUACAUUGCUUUUUGUUUGUUUUUUUCUGAUGGCUAAAGUCACAGUUUUAGACGUUUUUUGUUCUGUAUUUCAGAGGACACCUAAAAGCAUUCGGUGUGGGCCUUCAUAUUAUUGACCAUUUCAAAGUAAACAUGAGGCUUAACUCUUUUAUUUGCUCAUUUAAAGGCAGUAAAUUGGAGAGGAAUUCAUGAAAGCUCUUAUCCUGUUUAAGACAGGAUGAGAAUUCUUUAAAACAUGCCAUGUAUGGUUUAAUGCUUUAAUUUGAGUUUUGACCAGCAUCAACAUCAAAUAUUUCCUCCUGCAAUAACUUCCCCUCGUGCUAUAAGCGACCCAUAUUUGAAGAAAGCAAGGUUACUCUCAGUCAGUCUGGGAGAGACAGAACUUUUCUUGGGAUAAAAGUCUGCUCCACUACUGAACUGACAUUACUGAAAAAAAAAAGAAACCUCAAUGACUGCAGUGCUGGCAGAAGAACUUUGACCUACGUCUUCCAAGAAUUAUGAACUGAACUGGUGAGCAAAGGAAUGGACAAGCUCAAAGUUAAAACAUUAUCUCUUGUAAAGACAAAAACAAAUGUGGAAAAAAAAAGGGAAAUGCUGCCUUGUUGAACACUUCACCUCCACAAUUGUGUUUCGUCUACCUCUUUGUGUGUGUUAGGGAAUCCAUGUCAUAUCAGUGACCAUCUUCAUUAACCAAUCUGCUUUUAAGAAAUAUGUCUUUACGAAAUCCCAAGACGACAGUUUAAAGUGGAGGGACACACAUGUACGCCAUUCGUCCUGAAACAAAUACUUUUUGUGUUUCUGUUUUUGUAUAUAUGUACAGUAUGGCGAGUAUGCAUAAUAUCAUAUGCUAUACUCUGCAUGUUUAACUAUAGAAGGAACCCGGCUGCUAUUCCUAGUCAAGGAAGCACAGGGAAUCAUUCUGUGCACUCCCUGAACCAAUGCACCCCCACUGUCAGCUUACUUUGUUUAUUGAAAAAGUGCAGGAGCAUGAUAAAAACAGGUUAUUGUCUAGGUUCUACUGUGAUGCUUGUCUUUUGCCCUACAGCACUUUUAUUAAGGUGCAAACACCGUGAAGGGACACGCACCUUGGCUUUGAUUUCAGAGUGAACGCAUCCGCAGCAGGCACGGGAUGAGUAAAAGAGAAAACGUAAUCUGGGGCUUUACAGUUAAAGUGGAAACACACGUAUUGGUAUGGGGCAUCCUGCCAACAACUGUAAAUUCAUCCUCUGUCAAAAGGAUUUCCACAUCUCAAUGAGUUCCCACAGAUAGAGGACUUUAGGAGCAGAAUAGAAAAGCAAGAUGAAGACAUAAAGAACAAGUGUUUUUGGAAGUUGUUUCUUUAUGUAUGUUUGGUUAUUUGUUUUUUAAUUAACAAAGUUUGUGUGGGCGUGUUUUAGUUGUCAACCACAAUUCUCUUUCCUGAUCUGCUAAGUGAGCUUGGUAACCUCUUGACCUCAAACUAUUAGACCCUCAAGCAUCUCUCUGGACUGUUAUGACCCCACACCCUGUAUGGGGUUAAAUGUAUCUUAAUGAGCAAAGAUCCCAGCACCACCAGAUGUUCAAACCUGUGGUUAAAUACCUGUUACCCUCUGAUUCUUUUUCACCUUCCCAUUGCAUCUGACUGUUUUGGACAUAAAGGGUACUACCUCACCAAUGGGAAAACUAAUAUUUGUAUAUCAUAGUGUUAUUAACAUUAUUAUUGCAAAAAUCACAUCCCACAAAGAUCCUGAUAUUUUGACAGAAUUAAUGCUCAUGUCCAGCUUUUUGUGACUCAAGAAGAACAUUGUUCAAACCAAUUUGGCACACUGAAUCACAUGAAGGUAUUUACAGUCAACAUGUUAACAACCAUUGAAUUAGGACUUAAUGGUGAUUAUUCAAAGAAGGUUUAAAUAAAUAAAAAAUGACUCACAGAAAUAAGACAUUUAAUAUGAAAACAUAAACAAGACAUGUCUGUAGUUUUUACUGUGUCAGAUCUCGAACUUAUCCUGUCGCAUUUGUCGAAAUAUGAAAUUUGACUGCAGUACAACAUGCAAUAACUACACUGCAUUUGCAUGACUGUGACAGCCACUCAGAAACUUUUUUUUUUGCAUUGUUGAUUUUGUGUUUAUUUAUUUGUUUAUUUAUUGGGGGAGGGGGGCAGUGAUAUUAACUGGGAUUAGCCUGUGCACAAUUGCACACUUUCAUAGGCUGAAUUUGAUGUUUAUGCACAAAGGAAAAGCAUGGACGCACACCAGAGUUUCAUAGCACACACAGUGACAUGCACACACAUGUAUACACCAUGCUAAUCUAAACAGCAAGGCUGUAUGUAAACAUAUCACCAUUAUAAUGGGAUUGUUCGGUGUGCAAACAAUAAGCUGUUAGCGUAAUCACAGGUCAAAGAUAUAUUACCCAGAGGGCCGGGCUGUAUGUAUAUUAACAUGAUGGAUAUGUGGGUAAGAGGAGGGGGUCAGGGAUAUGAGGGAUUCAGAGCCCUGCUGAUUCAGAUUUACCCCCUACCAGGCCCCGUCUCUGCCUUUCUCUCCUCCUCCUCCCUACUGGGGAUUCACUUAAUCAGCCUUCUAUGUUACCUCUGUGUGCUUUUUUUUCUUCAUUUUCUCCAGUUUUCCAUCAUCUUCUUAAACUCAAAGUUGUGUCCAGUCUUUUUCCUGGUCUCCUUAUAUUUAUUCCUGUCAUUCUGUCCUGGACAGAUAUAAUCCGCUUCAGUAUUGCCGCCAACCCAUCAUAGUCAACAAGGUACCAGGAUAAAGUAGCUUCACAAUCUUGUUUUUGGAUUAACCAAAAAGAGGACAGAAUGAGGUUGAGUGAUUUGAGUUGCUUAACUCAUGUCUAGUAAAUAAACAAGAGCAGUAAAUGAUCAAAGAAGAAAAAGAAAAACUUGUUGAAAUCCUGUUAGAGAAAUCCAGUUACUUUUCUAUUUACAUAAAGAAAGUGAUGAAUAGUUUUAUGGUUGAUAAGGACAGAUCUGGGCAUGGACAUGUUUAAGUGUUAUGCUUGCUUAUCAGCUUUAGCUGCAGCAAACAUGGGCUCCGUCAGUCAGGAUAAACUUCACGUAGCUUACUCUUUAAGCUUUGCGAGGCUUCUUAACUUAUUGCCACUUCAUUUGAUUAUCAUCUAGCUCCCCACCUCCACUGGUAAAUAAGUCAAUGUCCUUACUACUAAAUACUCCCUUAGUUUCAUUACUGUCCACGUUAUGUGCCCCCCAAUCACUCAGGCCUAUGCACACUGAAGUAAAGAGAAAGAGGAAUCAAAGAAGUAGCAUGGUGAUGAAAAAAGUGCUGUAAAAGAGUUCAUCUUUGGUUUACUUUUUUUCUGGCCUCAUAAGGUACACAUUUUCAUAUCAAAGCAUGCAGACAUGGUCAAGACAAAGUGCUACUGUUCAACAUGAGCAGAAUGAUUUGAGGUGACAAAAUAUUGACUUACUAACACCUAGGAGUUUACACAGAAUGACCCAUUGGGGUGAAGCUACCAUAAGCAGCAACAGUAAGCAGCAAUACCUUGUUGAUUCUAAAGGUUAUAGGGGAAUUGCAAUGUGAGUUUCCCAAGACAAACAGCAAUUUACGAAACCCUUUCCUAGAACAAAGUUUAGCAGUACAUCAUCUUUAAAUGCAGAACAAAAAGAGAACUUUAAAAAUACACACCAGACACCCUUUCUGUGUACUAAAACAGGAGUCCAAGGCUAUGGGCUACACAGGCUCCCCAAAAUUGAACAAUAGAGAGAUAUUUAGACGCCUGUUUGAUAACUCUCUGCUCUCUACUUCAGCUACAAUGUUUCUGCAUAAGGUUGGAGUGUAAUAUAAAGUGUAAUUAAUGCUGUGAUCUUCAGUUUUUACCUGUCGUCUAGUCAAAUGCAUUUUGAAUGUACUGUAUGUUGAUUGGAACCAAAGAUGUUUUGGAAAAAAAAUUCAAACUACUUUUCAAAGAGCUGAGGACUUUGUACCAGCUUCAGUUUACCUAAUGGCGGUUCAAGUGUGGACAAAUGAUGUCCUUUGAUGCUGUUAAGAAGUUUUGGGGAACAAAGUUUUUUGUUUUUUAAAAGACAAAAAAAUAAUGGGAGUACACUUUAGGGGUAAAGAACUCAUGCAUUUGCAGAAACUCUUCCUUCAUCAAAAACAUCAUAUGCAAUCUCCAUUUUUUUCUGAUGUGCAAGAACUCGCAAAGUAAAGCAUGUUCACUGCUUAUGAGCAUCAGUCUCUCUCACAGUUUCGUAAUUGGAAGUUAUCUCAAGCUCUACAUGACUUCAGUAGAAGGAGUGGGGUCAAAGAUGAAGAAGGCAAACCGACACAGGCUGUGGUUUAACACUGAACUUUAGAAUGAUGUUAAAAUCUUGUGAAAAAAAUAUUCAAGUGUGGGAGCACAAGACAUUGCACGUGAACUGCUAUUGUAGGAAAUUAGAUUCAUUUGAGUAGUUUUCAUGAUAUAACAAAUUUGAAAGGCAGGUCUAAAGUGGUUUGAAGUAGAAAUAGGCUGGGGGGCUUUUUCCAAUAACAAGACUGCAACAAAAAACGACGCAGACUAUCUUAUGUCACAGUGCUAAUGGUGGGGAUGAAUAAAAUAUCUUUUAAACUAUGCUUUUUAAAGCAUGAGCUUGAGUUCCAAGGUGGGCAGUCUAUCACCAUGCCUUUUGCUAAGAUGAAAUGGACUCCAAGGAAGAUUGGAGUUAGAAGCCAUGGUGGAGAGAAUCAGAUUAACCAAAAUACCUUAAUUGGAAGAAAUGCUUUGGUCUGACCUGGGUGUAAUACCACUGAUAAAUCCCGUAAACCAAACAUUCAGCAGUCACUGUGGGGAAAUCUCUCAGACCUCUUGCAUUUGGACAUAAGAAGUAGAGAAUUCUAUAAAAAUGUCAGUUACUAAAGUGGAAAUUAUGUAAAUUACAAUUAUCAAAAAGCAGUUGACAUAGCUUUCCAGGUUGCAUUUUUAACUGUAUUGUCUUGUGUUUGGUAUUAGGUUGAGACUUUUGCAUCUGAGUCAAAAAACAGAAAUUCAUUCAAAAUGCAAUUUAACUAUGAAACAGAUUGAUAGUUGUCACUGAACAAGGAUAAAAAGAUAACAUGUGUUAACACGUGAGUGAUAACUGGGGAUCACAGAUAUUUGAUUCACCCACUUUUCCAUUUGGGAUUCGUUUUUUGGAGAAACUUUGGGUUUUGUUUUUUUAUCAGUCUGAUCUUAAAAUUUGACUUAACAUUGGUCAAGUACUGCUUUUUUGGAUGCCUGCUGUUCUCCCUACUGUGAGCAAAGUGUAAUCCUUCAGGUUUUGAUAAGGAAAAAGUUUAGAAGUCCACAAAGUUGUGAAUACUUCCCCCUCCUGCAGAGCAGAGGGAGAAAAAACCAUAUGCUAUCAAAGUGUUUUUUAAACCCCCCAGCUUAUGUGCACCAAUGUCAUACAGCAUCAUCAAAUAUACCUGAGAAUAAAAAUAAUAUAAUUAUGCUGCCCAGAGCUCAAAUACACACACAGAAAAUUAAAAGAAAACAUUGAAAGAAACGCAGUAGUGAGGAGUUUGUAAGUAAGGCAAUUCUGUUUUAAUUGUGGCUUCCCCUCCUUGACCUGGGACAGUUCAUUAAUUUGUUUUUACCAUUGCAAAAUACUGUGAUUGGUGAGCAAAUGAAAGUUUAUGAUUCCUAUCAGAACAAGCCCUUACCCUGUUAUCAGAGGUUAAUUUGUGCUCACUCCGCAUUUCAAUUGGGCCCUGGUAAAUGUCUGCAUUAUUUCCCAUGUGAGCCUGAAUUAGAGGUUUGAUUAUUCAAAAGAGGACCACGUUUGGUUGUAUUAUUGUCAGAGGGGUUGUAUGCUGCCCAAAGGGCUUAUUGGGUCUUAUUGCUAUGGUGAUCAACCCCUUGCCAUUUGGCCUAUUCUGACCCCAGUCAGAGAUAAGCUUUAUGGGAAGGGGUGUCAACAUGCUCCAACAGUCACUUCUCUCCUUUAUCAAAGGCAGUUCUAUAAAAUUGUGUGUUUAUGGACCCUCAGUGAGGGUUUGGCGCUGCUGAUUGCCUUUAUUAGAGGUCGACCAUAAAUGAGAAGGAGG